AUGGCUUCCUCAAAAACCUGUUUCGUAACCAUAGGCGCCACCGCAUCCUUCGCCGCCCUCAUCAAAGCCGUCUUAUCGCCUCGCUUCCUUACGGCAUUAAAAGAACAAAGGUAUGAUGAACUUCUUGUGCAGUACGGACAGGAUGGCAAGGAGCUGUUUGAGACGGCUGUGAAGGGUGUGCAGAGUGUGGGCGGCAUCAAGAUCCAUGGUUUUGGGAUCGAUGAGAAUGGGUUGGGGCGGUAUAUGAGACAGGCGAGGGGGAAGGAUGGGCAGGAGGGUGUGGUUGUUGCUCAUGCUGGUUCCGGUACAAUCCUCGAAGCUCUACGCAUCCAAGUCCCACUGAUCGUUGUCCCCAACUCCGACCUCCUCGACAACCACCAAGUCGAGCUCGCCGAGGCACUCUCAGAACAAGAAUACGUCGUUCACGGACAUCUCGACAAUCUACCAAAGGCACUGCAAGACGCAGAGCAAUUGAGGACACGACAAAAGCAGUGGCCGCCACCGAACAGUGGGGUGCACAGACAGAGCAAAUCGCAAGGCUUGAAAGGCGUGUUGGACGAGGAGAUGGGUUUCUUGGACUAG